AUGGCCUCGCCACAUCCCGUCUCACCGGCGUCACCUGUCGGCGAUGCCUGCCCCGCAACCACCUCGCCCGACCUCAUGAGCCGAAUCCCCAAGCUUGAACCCCGCCGUCGACGACAGGAACCGUCCAACCCGACGCCCGUUCCCGACACACCGCAACUGCCCCCGCCCCCCAACACCUCGGCCAGCUGGAGCUAUCUCGUCCCCCAACGCAGAAUCCUGUCGCCGAGAGAUCACGAAACCUUUCUCGCGUCGCCGACGUGCCGCUUGAUAAAAGCCUGGAUCUUUGGCUUGGCCGACAGCGUCGUGGACACCCCCUGCUCGGCGGUCCACAAGGAGGACCUCGGCGACACGGCCAGGGCCCUCCUGGGCAUCUUGGACGAGGCAGAAGGGUUCGUGUCGCAGUCUCCACCUGACGAGCAAGGAAGCUCGCGCUUCGGCAACAAGGCCUUUAGAGGAUUCAUCGACCUGGUGUCGGAAGCGUCUCCCCGAUGGCACGCGGCUCUGGGGGUCGGCCAAGACGAGGCCGUCGCCGAGGUGUCGACGUACCUCGAGCAGUCGUUUGGAGACCACGGCCGCAUCGACUACGGCUCGGGGCACGAGCUCAACUUUAUGACGUGGCUGCUUUGCCUCCAUCAGCUUGGCCUCCUGCGACGCACCGACUUCAGGCCCGUGACGCUCGCCAUCUUCCCGCGCUACCUGUCGCUCAUGCGCACCGUCCAGAUGUCGUAUUACCUCGAGCCGGCGGGGUCGCACGGCGUAUGGGGCUUGGACGACUACCAGUUUCUGCCGUUUCUCUUUGGCGCCUCUCAGCUGCUGCACCAUCCCUACAUCACGCCGCGCUCGAUCCACCAGCAACUGACGAUUGAGGAGUUUGGGGACGACUACCUGUACCUCGGCCAGGUCGCCUUUGUCAACAGCACCAAGACGGUCAAGGGCUUGCGGUGGCACAGCCCCAUGCUCGACGACAUCUCCUCGGCCAGGUCGUGGUCCAAGAUUGACGGCGGGAUGCGGCGAAUGUUUGUCGCCGAGGUGCUGGGCAAGCUGCCCGUGAUGCAGCAUUUCCUGUUCGGCUCCUUGGUCCCCGCCCCGGAAGGCAUGAGCCAGGAUGACGCGAGCGAGGAGCAAGAGGGCGGUGGACAGGCUGGUGGCGCAGCCUUGCACGCGGCCGACCAUUCGGGCCACGCCCACCACGGUGCCGCUCACGAUGGUGCCGGGUGGGGGGAUUGCUGCGGCAUCAAGGUGCCCAGCAGCAUCGCAGCCGCACAGGAGACGAGGAAGGGCGCCCAGGGAGCUGCCCUGCGGCGAAUCCCGUUCGACUAA